CCCCUACUUCUCCCUUUUAAUCGUGUUAGCGGUGCUUAUCUAUUCCGACUAGCUAAUAAGUUUCGUUUCUUACCUUGCAUUCCAUAAUGGUCUGUUAUGUUUCGUUGAUUCCACAUGAUUCCAACAUGUUUCACUCAGAGCGUUGAAAUACCUCUCCGGCGUCGUCACUUUCGGCCUGGCUCGGGUUUCCGCCGGAUCUCCAAGUAUGAUGGAUGGAACCACAACCCUGUUCACGUCAGGGUUUCCGGGGAAGCGUAUAGUUUACUCCACGGCUUCCCCUCGUUACCUAUGCCCAGCUAUGUAGGUAUAUAGGCUUAGAUGCGGAGUAAUGGGGUUAUCGUUGGUCCACCGGGCGAAAGAGGGGCGAUCCUAUUCCCAGGUCGAUUGGGACCUUCACCUGCAGGCUUUUUUUUCGUGGGCUAAACUGCGAAUAUUCGUAGAUUGCGUGACAUAGGAAUAAAGAAAUGGCGCCGCCCUUCAGAGCCGAUCACAUAGGAUCGUUGUUGCGGCCCCAGUCGCUUCUGGAGGCCCGCUCCGACCUCUCUUCGCCCUCUCAGAUGUACACUUUGGACAUCCCGCAGUCUGUCAAGGACGCCGAGGCCAAGGCAAUCCGCGAGGUGGUCCAAAUACAAUUGCAAAAGGAGAUACGACCGAUUACGGACGGCGAGUAUGCUCGCCAAAUCUACUACGGCGGGUUCUUCGAGAGACUCUCCGGCUUCGAGGCCAAACCAGACCUCCCUAUUCCGGACGCGUUCCGAACAGACUUCCCGACAACCAGCGGUCUCGCCAAAAUGGGGGCUACGACACGAGCGGCGGUUAUCUGCACGGGGAAGAUCGGGUAUAAGCAAUCUCCCUACUUGUCGGAAUGGCUUACCCUUCGGGACAGCCUGCCCCGGCACCUAUGGGGCGACGCCAAGUUCACGAUCCCGACACCCAAUUACCAGCACAUCCAACUAAAGCCGGGCACGGCGUGGAUCGAGGCGUCGGGCUAUACCUCAGACGAGGAGUACUUCCGCGAUCUCGCCAAGUGCUACGCCGCCGAGCUCAGGACGCUCUACGAUGCCGGUCUGCGUAAUAUCCAGGUGGACGACCCGCACCUGACGUACUUCUGCUCCUCGCAGUUCCUCGAAGGGUGCGAGAAGGACGGCGUCGACACGGACGCGCUCCUGGACUUGUACACCCGAACCCACAACCAGCUCCUGGCAGACAAGCCGGCAGGCCUUCAUGUGGGGAUGCAUCUCUGCAGAGGUAAUAUGUCCGGCUCCACACACUGGGUGUCCGGGUCGUACGAGAAGAUCGCGUACAAGCUGUUCAACGAGACGAACUACGAGACGUACUACCUCGAGUUCGACGACGUGUCGCGGGCGGGCGGGUUCGAGCCGCUGCGGUUCCUGCUGCGGGGCAAGAACGUGGUGCUAGGGCUAGUGUCGACCAAGACGCCGGCGCUCGAGGAGGCGGGCGCGCUGCGGGCGCAGAUCGCGGCGGCAGCGGCGGUCGUCGCGCGCGCCCAGGGCGUCCCCGACGCCGAGGCCCUCGGCUGUCUCGCCCUCAGCCCCCAGUGCGGCUUCAGCAGCCUCAGCGUCGCCGGCGGCAAGGGCGUGACGCCCCAGCGCAUGUGGGAGAAGCUGCAGCUCGUGCGCGAUGUCGCCCGCCAGGUGUGGACGUGAUCGCCCCCAGGGAAUGGCUUUUGGGGGCUCUUCCCCUUCCCACCUGGGCGGCGCAGGCUAGGCGUUGUCUUAUCCUGGAAGCUGAUCGCGGGCUAGUGGUAGACUGAAUCGACAAAAAGAGAGGGGAAAAAAUACGCACGUAGGAGGGAAGGUACUAAGCGGUUAUCACCUACCUGUUUGUUGUAGGGCCCUUUCCUCAACGGAGACGUCCAUAACUCCCUGUAUUUCAAGGAAGGUGUGUUCAAGGCCAGACGCAAGCUGCGUGACGCUGUUAUUUGGCAAAAUCGCUUUACUCGUUCCUCUCACCGGACUGACGAGGCAGCUACUACUCGUUAGGCAGGUAGUUGAAGACGGCAGUGCCGCCCUUCGCGGUCAUAACAAUCCUCGGCUCUUCUUGACAGCGAUUGCCGAUGUUUGGGGUACUUUCUACUGACUUCUUGCAUUCGUCGCUCCUGCUUUCCUCUCCUUCGAGGAGAGGUGCCUCCUACCUGCCGCGGUAGCUCAACUCGUCAGGCAGCCACGG